AUGAUCGGGAAUUCCGCAUCAUCUGCAGAGACCACUGCUUGCACUAGUAGCGGCGGCUCCCCUCCUUACAAAAUCCUUUUCCUCGACAUUGAUGGUGUCCUCAAUACGGUCAAAGGAGGACCCCAAGUCAUUUUCAACCCUGAUCUCGUGAAUCGUGUCGGGGAUAUAGUGCGGCAGACGGGGUGCAAGCUAGUGUGGACCACCUAUUGGCGCGGUUUCGAGGAUUACAUCACCUACGUCUUCUGCCGACUAGCUGACCUCCCUCCUGAUGUGGUCAUAGGCAGGACUACAGGAACGCCUCACCUCAACUAUAAAGCGACUAACACAAGGGUGUACAGCUGCAGACUGGAUGAGAUCAAGGCGUGGUUGAGAGAGCAUCCGCACCUCGUAGAGAGGUACGUCAUCCUCGACGAUAGGGAUGUGGUCCCGUCCGAUGAUCCGAUGUAUUCGAGAUUUGUCCAGCCUACUUACAGUAGAGGUAUCACCGUGGAAGAGGCACUACGUGUGAAGGCCCUCCUUGAGGACCCUGGUGCUGUACUUGAUAGCUUUUAA